AAGGCUGUAAGCUGUUGAUCUGCAACUAUCUGCAACUAUGUUGUGUUUCUUUAUAGAUGAUAAGAGGGAGUUGUUUGAAGAUGCCAAAUCCAUUUAUGGCGUUGGAAAACAAAAGGAUUUUGGACGUGGGAAAAGAGAGAAGAGGGACAACCCUAAGUUCCUUAAGGAGAACCGUACGACCGACCAGUUGGAGAAAAAAGAAAAAGAAAAAAGAGAAAACAGUUUUAAUCGAGCAGAGGGCAGCAUACUGGCGCAGAUGUCUACACAGCCAGCUAGCAUCAGCUCAGAGAGCGAUACGGACUGUGACACCGACUAUGAGCCCCUGGCUAAAAAGACCAAACUGGAGCUGCAGAUGAAAUUGGAUAUGCCUAAGGAGGAAAUAAGUCAGCUAAAAAGAGAAAAUGCAAAGUUGCGGGAGGCUUUGUGUUUGCUUGAUGAACUCCCUGGUCUUAUCAAGGACAUAAAAAAACUGAAAAAGGCUCAGAGUGAGGCAUUACCAUUGCUGCCAUCACCAGCAGCAGCAGCACCACCACCACCCCCAGCAGCAGCAGCAGCAGCCGCAGCCGCAGCAGCACCACCACCACCCCCCCUAGCAGCAGCAGCAGGCACUUCAGCUGGGCUGACAGUCCAACAGGACAGUUCAGAAAUGGUGGAACUUGAGAGGGGUGUCCUCAUGAGCAAAUACAUUCUGUUCAGGCUCUCCAAGGAGCCAAAGAAAAGAAUUUUGGAGCUCAUGAAUGCUCUUUUCACCCGGAGAGAGAUGGCCAUGUCCUCUCUUACCGGGAGGACGACCAAUGCCUUCAGGGACCAUGAGGCAAAACCCCAACUUUGCCCAAAGAAGGUGUCGGCAAUCUGUUGUGUGGUACGGUUGCCAGAAAUUCCCAAAAAGCUGCAGCCACUCAAACCGUUGGUGAGGAAGCCUCUGGAAUCGGUGGUUCGAUACCUGGAGGCCCACCCGUGUCCCCCCAAGCCAGAGGGCCAGCGCACUGCCACCAUCACCACCAGCAGCAUGACGCCCAUCAAGUCCUCGCCCAUCCUCAACAACGGCUCACCCACCAUCCUGGGCAAGCGCAACUACGAGCAGCACAACGGCCUGGAGGGCACCAAACCCAAAGCGCUCACCCCUCAGUGGGACAUCAUGUCCAAGCGUGUUUGUGAGCCGGGCAGGACCGCCCCCCCUCUGCAGGACCAGGUUCAUGAGCUCGACUGACGACCCCCCGCCCCUCCCCUCCCCAACCCCCUCACCCUUCAAGGCCUCAGACAGGAGGCGGCUGAGGGAAUAUGACGUCCACAGUGUUUGACCACCAGCCAGCCUGCACUGUCCACUCUGCCAGUCACUGAGCCCGAGCCUUGCAAGAACCGACCAAUCGUCUCACCGGGUUAUAGGCUUCAACCUAUCUGAGGGCUCGGCUGUCUGUACAGGACUGUUUAAUCACCGUUAUUAUUAUUGUUGUUAUUAUUGUUGUUGUUGUUAUUAUUAUUAUUAUUAUUAUUAUGACAAUGUCUGCCAUUGUAAUAUUAUUCUUGUUCUUUUUUUAUCAGCUGUAAUCAUAUGCUUAUCAGUUUAUUGUUGAAAAAAAAAGAAAUUGAAGGAAUGCAAAAAAUACAAAAAAACUAAAAAAAAAAACAUGAAGCCCAUUGAGGCCCGAGAGAACUCCAGGGCCACCUGCAUCAGUUUUGCCCUGUUUUUUUUCGGUUCUUAUUUUUUUCCCUGUUUUCCGAACUGUAAAAAUGACAAAAACAUGAAAAAGAGAGGGGAUGUUUUUUUGUAUGUUUGUUUGACUGGAUGAAUUCCCCCCUCCCCUGUUCUGCUUGCAAUUUUUGAUUUUUGUUUUUAUUUUAUUUUUUUCUGUUUUGUUUGUUUUUUAAAGGAAAAAAAAAAGUCCUCUAAAUCCCCUCUGCACGCUGAUGGAUUUAACUUAUUGAGAAAGACUGAAACGUGCUCUUUUUCUACCUUUUCAUAAAUAAUGCAUCUUCUGCUUCGAUGAUGUCAUUAAAAACAAGACUAUUUGGUUG